AUGAGUGAGAAAAGUGUAGACGCUUCCUCUGCCUUUGAGCGUAUCCAAAUGCAGGGAAGGAACCUUGCAGCCAAAUACCGUCAAACGAUGGAAAAUUACGAGCGUAACACUGGUCACAAGCACCCUCUAGGUGCUAAUGAGGAAGAAAAGGCUAAUGGUGCCAAGGAAGAGGCUCAGAAGGAAGUACCUCUUCAAUUUCCUGAGAAAUCGGAUCUGUAA